UAUAGUUAUAAUCUAGUUUUUUAAUAUGUUCAACCUACUUAUCAUAUUCACCUAGAAAUUAAAAAGAUGAGCUUAAACUGAAGCUCAUCUCAGCUUGUUUUAAAAGAGUUGGAAAAUUAAUUGCAUUUUUUGAUUUUGAAUUUGGUUGUGUCGAGCUGAGUCAUGCCCACAAGACUUGAAUAUUUACCCCUGAACUUCCAUUAAAUUACGUUUACACCCUCACCUCCUCACGUAUAUACCCCCACCUCCACCUCGAUUCUACCACUUCUUUUUUCCCCUUUUCUUUUGUGCGUGUUGGUUCGUUUCCGCGGUGGUGCUGCUCCUCCAAACCUCGUUGAAGGCGGAGGCGGAGGAGGAUACAUACUCUAGAUAAACAUAAGGAAUUGAAAGAUACAGAGCCCAUGGGAUUCCGAUGAAGAAACAAGUGCAUGGACAUUGGUUAGGCUGCACCCUUUGAGUACGGAUGCAUAUCCAUUUUGUACGUAAAGGUCUUGACAUAUCAAUCCGUGUUUCAGAACCAUCAUGAGCUCAGCAGAGAAGAGAAAGGGAUUCGUUGAUUAAUUGCAGAGGCUAGGUUUUGCUUUUGGUUUAAUGUUUUGAUCGAACAACUAAUACUCAUAGGAUAGUUACUUAGGUUGUAUACAAUAGUUUGAUUGAAGAACAAGGUAUACAGCCCCCAAAUAAGAGGAAGAGAUUGCUCAGAAUAACUUGCUAGAUACUAUGGGAUUACCACAAGAUCCUUACAUUGGAACUUCUGAGGUUGCAUGGAUAUCAAGCACCUUGGAGCACAAUUUUCCUGUAAUUGAUGAGGAGACUUGUAACUUGAAUGAGAUGAAAGCAGAAAAUACAAGAAGAGAAAGCGUUGGAUGUUCCCUUGAUUCUUUAUUUGGUGAUCGUGUUGUUAAAACCUCAUUGGACAAAUUUCAAUUUCCAGAUGUUGUAAGUAAAGAGUCUACUGAUGUCAAAGGGACAAGAAUUGGUUCAAAGAAUAAGCUUGAUUUGUCAACACCCAAAUCUGCACAAACUGUUACAACUUCAUUUUCAAGAAUUGUGGGGUUUGAAUCUGGUAAAAAGGAUUCAUCCUCAGAUGCACUUGAUGGAGCUUCAACCAGACAGGUAUAUGAAAAAGUAACUGUUGUGCCUAUGGCCAGGAAAAGGAUGUUGUCACCACUGAACAAUAUGCUUUCUUCUCAACCAUCUGACAACGAUCAUAUAGAUAUAGCCUCCUGCAACAAUCACCAAGUUUCUGGUAAUCCUAAAGCUGAUGAUCCCAAGAUCAAGCUUUACAAGAAAGCAAAUACCUCUAAUCUUGUGUGGCCUGUAUCCGAUGGGCCAGUUCUUGAUGCAAAUGAAGUGUCAUUCUUUCCACCUGGAUUUAAGGAUUUUAAAGACUCAAGCAAGCAAAGAUUGCAGACCAGACCUAUCCCAAUAUCCACAGAUAAGUUGACCUUGUUGACCUGUUCUUCUUCAUCUCCCCUUGGUCCAAGAUCUUCCAAUGAAAGAAAACAUUCAUCAUCCAAUAAUGUGGAGAAUCCAGAUGGAGAAACAAUAAUCUCAGGUACCAUAUUUGCAUCAAGCGAAGUGGAUUAUAGGAUGCCAAGCAAUUCACUUGAAGAAAUCAGUUAUUUAUGUGAGGAAAUCGGGUCAUCAUGUUCUCCUAAAAGUUACACAGGAAAGAGCUGGCCUUUCCACAAACACAAAGAUUUAGGAUUUCAGAAGUUAAGGCAAAAAUCAAGGGGUCUUCCUGUUAGGAGAUCAUUAGUUGGUUCUUUUGAAGAAUCACUGUUAUCUGGCCGACUCUCAUCAGGAGACAUCAACAAGAAAAUCGAUGGUUUUCUAGCUGUUCUAAGUGUAAAUGGGGGAAACUUCUCACCAAAAGCACGCAAACUUCCCUUUGCAGUUAACAGUAUUGAUGGAGAUAGUUACUUACUGUACCAUGCUUCAAUAGAUCUUGCAGGAAACAACUUAUCAAGUAGCAUUCUUCACAAUGAUGAUUCUCAAAAUGCUAAAAGCCGUUUGCGCAUUCCAAUGAAAGGUUGCAUACAACUGGUUUUAAGCAAUCCAGAGAAGACACCUCUUCAUACUUUCUUCUGUAAUUAUGAUUUGAGCGACAUGCCAGCUGGCACAAAGACAUUCCUACGACAUAAGGUCACCCUUGCAACUUCCAGACAGGGGACCGAAGGGUGCAAUGGUGAUGGUUGCCAGGUUGAUGGUGACAUGGCGUCCGGUGUAUGUUCUUCAAGGGUGAAUGGAAAUGAUGCCAUUGUUGGUGCUUUACGCUAUGCUCUUCAUCUUCGUUUUCUAUGUCCUCAUAGAAAAUGCUCAAGAUAUGAAAAGAAUAAGUUAGAUAAUGAUCAUUUGGAGCGUAAGCUUUUCUUGUGCAGUGAUUUGAAGGUGGUGUUCCCACAACGCCAUUCAGACGAUGAUGAAGGGAAGUUAAUUGUGGAAUAUCAUUUUCCGGAAGAUCCAAAGUACUUUGAUAUUGGGUGAUGACACGGUAUAUGUUGUUGUGUAGGUUUGUUUUUAUAGAGGAUAUAUGUACAUGGGGUUGGUG